UGAGGGAAAGGAGCCGAAUCGAUUUCGAAAUAACGCGUCUUCGGUCCCCGUGUUGUCAUAGCGUGCUUGAGAAAGAUCUUCGAUGUGAUUUGAAGAAAUAACAAAAAGAUAGAACAUAUUUUUCAAGCAAUUUACGGGGUCUUUAUUGCAAAUUGUUUCUCUUUUCUGUCACCGUUAUUUACGAAAAUCAUUUGCGUUAGUUGGUACCGCCUACAUCCGAUUUCUCACCGUUCUGAAUGCUUAUUUGUGAGAAGUGACAGGUUUUUAUGUUUAUUUUCUGAUAAGCUUGCUUGAUAAAACUGAGUAUACUCGCUCGGUAGCUCUUCGAAGGUAAAGCUGGAAACCUUUAUAGAGAAAUAAUGCUGCACAAAGCGAGCCCAUCGAGCAGCCAAUCCGUCAAGGACAUGGCAAGCCACGCCCACCACGAUAUGGCGACAGCUGAUCCUUCAGACAGCCCCGCCCUGCCCGCUGGGCCUAAUCACGUGAUGUUGGGAGUGCAGAUAACGCUAAUUGCGAUAGUCAUGGUGUUCACUGUGGUCGGUAACGGAUGUAUUGGCAUUCUGCUGAAGAGAUUCCGGUUCCUCCACACAGUGCCUAACAUUCUUAUAGGCAACCUGGCGUUGAUCGACUUUCUGAAUGUGACGAUCAACUUGCCGAUAUUUCUGGUAGCGGCAGUUCUUGGUCACAGUGCGCUUGGAGGCCGCAUGAGCUCCGCGCUCAUCUUCGCUACACAGACCAUCGUCAUCUUGCUGCACCUGUUAAAUAUGCUCCUCAUGAUGGCCGACAGAUAUCUCGCCAUCAACUGGGCAUUGCAUUACGGACCCUGGAAGUCCAAGAACAAGGUUCUUCUCGCUGUGGGCUUUGUGUGGAGUGCUGUCCUCACUGUGACUAUCCCUUGGGCAUUUCUCUUGUAUACCAUCAACCUUGGGGACUCUGCGUACCUCCUGUAUCACACCGCCUACUUCCAUAAGAUCGGCAAAUACAACUGCUUUGUCACCUUCCCAGUCCUUGGAGGGGCCAUCGGGAUAAUCGCCUUGCUUACUUACAAGAGCAUCAAGAGGCAGGGAAAGAUCGCGUUCGUAGAUGGAGGAGACGAUGACAAGAGCUCACCAAAUAUGGAACGUGCCCGCGCUGCUCGCCAGAGGAACGAAAACAAAGCCGCCGUCACGGUCGCCAUAACAAUCUUCCUUUACGGCCUUUGCCUCGUCCCAUGCGUCAUGUACUGCUCUCUCAUGGCCAACAAGUUCAUUCUUCCCAGCACAAAGGUGGAGGAGUGGCUAGUGUUCUUCACCUGUCUGUCUUUCUAUAUCCCUGGGGCGUGUUGCCCCUACCUCUACGCCAUACGCUCUACCCGCUACCGUAAGGCCUUAGCAAAGCUCUUCCCCAAAGAUCAUCGCUUUGCGGAGAAGCUGUAUAUGCCUAAAGGCAACCAGGUGACCACUACCGACUCGACUGUGGACACUAAGACAGACUCUACUGUAUAAACUUGACACCGUCUACUUAAAAAAAAAGCGGUAUUGUUACAAGUUUACUUUCGGAGGGCCGACGGAAACCUCAACCGACAAAAGACAAAAAGAAUCUAUUAGAAUCCACGCUGUUAACAGGCCAUCCGCUCUAAAUAAUUAGUCGCAUCCUCAAAGAAACUUCCAAUUGGCAGACUGCUUUCACAAUUUUGAAAUAUAAAAAAAUAAAAUAAAAAUAAUCGGAGAUUGUUAAGUAAUCGACCGGAAGUAAACUGGUGACAUUACCGCCAUAAGCCCUGUGCAAAAAAGCACCAGCAUCGUUCUAGUGCCUCCCAACAGUGGUGUAUCACAGGCUUCCCACCCGCGUCAGUGAAGGAUUUCGAAGGACAUACGAAUUCACGCAAAUAAAUAUCUAUGAGUUAUAUUUUCAUGCUCCAAUUUGUGAAAUAAUCUUUAUUGGGAUGUAAAUGUAUCCGUCUGGGGUGUUUUUUUCUUCCCUAGAAGCUUAAUUUUAGAACGACAUAAGUUUGUCUCUUAUUUUGUAUCGAAACUAAGUAUGUUAAUGAGACCUAGUAUCGACACAAAAUAAGAGACGAACUUAUGUCGCUCUAAACACGUAAAAUUGAGCUUCUAGGGAAGAAAAACACCCCAGACGGAUACAUUUACAUCCCAACUAAGUUUAUUUCACUAAUUGGAGCAUGAAGAUAUAAUUUGAAUCCUUCACUGACGCGGAUGGGAAGCCUCUAUAUUGGCUGCUUGGUAAACGAUGCUGUAGCUGUUGCACAGGGCUUGAUGUAUGGUUGUCAACUAACCAACAUUUGCAAAUAUCUAUAUAGAGUUCGACUUUUUACAUUUUACCAAGCACCGCUGUAAGAGGAGUACCUAUUUCUAUACUGUAUACGCCUGUAUACGCCUGUACACUAUUGUUUAAUGAAUAAACCCGGGAAUAUAAGCGAGCAUGUGAAGGCUCUAAACCAUUUAUGGGAGCUAUGUUAGCAAUCUGAUGAAGUCCCGUACUCUCUUGGAAUUAGUAAGCCAAGCAGUGAAAGCGCCAUAAAAUGAUGUCGAGCAACGACUUCUUAUUUUCAUAUUGAAAAAAAAAAAAACUACAACGGGAUAUUUUGCAAGAAAACGGUAAAUAAUCAUAGCCACGACUGAAGUCUAAUAACUGAUAUUUACGAUAAUUUUCGGCAUCAGAACAUAUUUAAACGACGAUACGUGUUUCGCGUUCGUUGUAUGCCCUUGCAUGUCUUUCGGCUAGCUAGGCAAGAGAAUAUUUCAUCAUAAUAUAACUUUUUUAGGGGUAAACAAACGAUUAUAUCGAUUAUGUGGGAUUAUAAUGGUUUAUGUGUAUAUUUGUGAAAUGUAUAUUUAUGAAGUGUGA